AUGGGUAUGCUCGAUGACGACGAUAAUGUGAGUUUACCUACUGAGGGCUUGGAAUCUUCCAAUGUCGGAUCUAGACUUAGGACCAUGUUAAGGUCCGAAUACAUUGCCAAAUUGCCACCAGAUUCCGUGUAUAGCCGCGCUAUUUCCCCUCACUGUAGGGACUACAAGAUUCUUUAUAGCGCUAAACCAAAGACUAUUUUGAUAUGCCAGAGUCCAUUCAACCCUGAUGCCAGAGCUGCUGCUUUGGAACUGGAGGAAUUCAUAACCAGCGCACUGAACGUUAAUGUUGUUAUGGAUGAAAUGCCAUUGGCCCAAGAAACCAAUUUCAAAGUAUAUGCUGGACAAUUAGCCAGGGAAAGGGUCGAAGGGCCAAGUUACUCCUCAGUAGAUCUUGUAAUAUCUAUCGGUGGUGAUGGUACCAUACUAAAUGUAUGUCGCUUAUUUUCCCGAAGUGUUCCUCCUGUUAUCGGCCUAUCAAUGGGUUCACUGGGCUAUAUGGCUAAGUUCAAAAUGGAUGACGUAAAAAACAUCCUCCAGAAAAUUGAUACCAAGGGUUUCAACAUAUCUCUUCGUGCAAGGUUGAUUGUUAAAUUGCUGGAUGAAAAUGAACAUGUAGUGAGGAAGUUUACUGCUUUGAACGAAUGCGUUGUGGAUAGGGGUAUAUCGCCGUAUAUCACAACACUUGAUGUUUAUUACGAUGGAAAUUACCUAACCACUGUUUCUGGUGAUGGACUGUUAGUUGCAACACCCAGUGGAUCAACCGCCUAUUCUAUGUCAGCCGGCGGCCCGAUAGUACACCCAAAUGUACGAUCAAUGCUUUUUACAGUGAUAUGUCCACACUCAAUUUCCUAUCGCCCGCUAGUUUUACCCGCAGAUAGCCAAAUUGAAAUAGCAGUGCCACAAGAUAAUCGUGGAGAUGUGAGAUUGUGCGUGGAUGGGUACAAUUGUGGAAUGCUGAAACAUGGAGAAUCGGUGAGGAUUGCCUGCGCAGAACAUGCAUUUCCACUGGUGUUACCUGAUGAUGCAGAGACAGUGACUGAAUGGUGCAAAUCUCUGCGUGAGCAUUUACACUGGAACUUUAGGGUUAGACAAAAGAGGCUUUACACCAAGGGAGACACCAAUGUAGAUGAUCCUGAUGACACGGAAACAGAGACCACAAAGGUGGAUACCAUGGCAAAUUGA